GGCUGUCACUGCCAUAGCAACCGGAGCAGAUCAGACAGCAACAUGGCUAAAGCAACAACUGUGAAAGAAGCACUGUCCAAAUGGGAGGAGAAAUCUGGGGAAAAAGCAAGCGAGGCCAAGGAAAUCAAACUGUAUGGUCAGAUUCCUCCUAUAGAGAAGAUGGAUGCUUCUGUCUCCACGCUUGUUAACUGCGAAAAACUGUCUCUGUCCACGAAUGCCAUUGACAAAAUAUCCAACCUCGUUGGCCUGAAGAACUUGAAAAUCUUAUCGUUGGCGAGAAACAACAUUAAGGCACUCACUGGACUGGAAGCAGUAGGAGACACUUUAGAGGAGUUGUGGAUUUCUUAUAACUUGAUUGAAAAACUGAAGGGGAUCCACUGGAUGAAGAACCUGAAAGUCCUUUACAUGUCCAAUAACCUGGUCAAAGAUUGGGCGGAGUUUGCGAGGCUGGCGGACCUCCCGUGCCUGGUUGACCUGGUGUUUGUUGGAAAUCCUCUGGAGGACAAGCAUUCGGCUGAAGGAACCUGGAUGGCAGAAGCCUCGAAACAACUUCCUAACCUGAAGAAGCUAGAUGGAACUCCUCUCAUCAAGCAAGAAGAGGACGAAGGAAACGAAGAGAGCUGAGGAGACAUUACUUGACAAAUGUCCAAUCCUCUGUCUUCCCCUUUUAUUUUUUGAAGGUUUCUAUGAUUUCUUACAAGGCAUUUCUUAAUACUAAACAAUUUUUACAACUCUGUUGUAGCUAUAAGGGCACAAAAUGACAGACACAAAGUGUGUCUGGCCCCAUGGGAUUGGAAACAACAUGAUAAGCACAUUUCAUGAAGCUGUUUCUGAGCAUUUUAAUUGUUAAAAAAAAUUUUUCAGGAUUUUUAAAGCCAAUUGUAGCAAUUUGCUUCAAGCCCUGGGGCAUCUCUAUCCUUAUUGGAGUUCGAUGUAGAUUCCUGACAUACACUGGGAUGAACAGUGGAGCCAGUCAUGGUUAAAAAUGAAGUGGAGUGCAAGAUCAAUGACAAAAAUCCAGAGAAUAGCUGCGUCCUGCCAUUGAAAUUGAGCAACACAGUGCUGAAGGAUUUUAGUGAACUCUGGGGUUGUGACGAGCAGCAGACUUCUCGGAUGGGGAGACGGAGCUUUAAAACAGGAGCAGGAACUUGAACUGCAUAACAAUAAGCUUCAUGUAAGACAGUGCAGCCAGCAGAGAUGAGACCAGAAUACACCCACAGCUCUGUUUGACUCCUGUCUCUCCAAGAGGAGCUCUAUAUUCCUGAACUUGAUGUUGUUCAGAUAGACAUCUGUCCCUCACUGUGUUUUCCUCUGGCAUUGAUUUCAUACUGAAGAUUUUACAUUUUUCCUAAUCUUGAAAAAUUGAUUUUACAUGUUGGACACAAUCAAUAAUUGUUUUUGUAAUGUAUAUGUUUAAUUUUAAGUUAUUUAAAAGCAUGUU